GAACGGAAGUGAAAGAAAGCAGGCCAUAGUUGUCCUGGUAUCGAAAAAGAACAGCUGUUUCGCAAAGACGGGGCGGAAAAAUAACACAAGUUUCUUCUCUCCGUUGUUCAGCUGAGGAGACCCAAUGUUGUAGAAGUCUUAGUGAACUCAACAUGGUUUUCAUUCCGAAGCCGUUGAAGCAGCUGCUGUUGCUUUUCGCCUUGUUUCUUCUCGCCGUGUCUCGGGGUGAAGGGAAGACGCAGCUGCCACGAAGCGUCGCUGCUUCAGAAACGGUAGAAACUUAUGACAAAUACUACAAUUAUGCUAACCUAACGAAGCUUCUACAGUCUUUGGCGCAGAACUAUUCCCACAUCGCGAACCUGUCGAGCAUCGGUCGGUCUGUGGAGGGCAGGGAGCUAUGGGUGAUGCGGAUCACCGUGGAGCCCGACAAAGACACGCCGGGCAAACCUAAAUUUAAGUACGUGGGGAACAUGCACGGAGACGAGACCGUGUCCAGGCAGGUGCUGAUCUACCUGGUGGAGUACCUGCUCAGCAGAUAUGGAGAGGAUGCCCGGAUCACGGAGCUGGUGAACAGCACUGACAUUUACAUCAUGCCCAGUAUGAAUCCAGACGGCUUUGAGAAAGCGGAGGAAGGGAACUGCAACGGAGACUUCAACGGAAGGAAUAAUGGCAACAAUAAGGACCUUAACAGAAGUUUUCCCGAUCAGUUUGACGGGACAACUGUGUCAGCAGAUCAGAUACCAGAGGUCAUGGCGAUGAUCAAAUGGAUCAAAGAGCAAAAAUUUGUUCUGUCAGGGAACCUGCACGGCGGGACUGUGGUCGCCAGCUACCCUUUUGAUGACUCUGCCUCCCACCAGAGUGAGGGCCACUACAGCCAGUCAGAGGAUGACACUCUGUUUCGCUACUUGGCCCUGGUGUAUUCCCGUAAUCACCCUGUGAUGAAAACCGGUCAGCCUAACUGUCCUGACACUCCAGAAGAAACCUUCAAAGACGGCAUCACCAACGGAGCAAGCUGGUAUGAUGUUCCAGGAGGAAUGCAGGACUAUAACUACCUCUAUGGGAACUGCCUGGAAGUCACCAUGGAGCUGAGCUGCUGCAAAUAUCCUAAAGCUUCCGAGCUGCACAAGGAAUGGGAUCUGAACAGGGAGUCUCUUCUGGCCUACAUGGAAAAGGUACACAUGGGUGCCCGUGGCUUUGUGAAAGAUGCAGUCAGUGGUGCCGCCCUCAGCAACGUCAGCAUUGUGGUCGCUGGUAUCCGACACAACCUGACCACAGGAAAAUUUGGAGACUUCUACCGCCUUCUGCUCCCGGGAACGUACAACAUCACGGCUGUGGCUCCAGGGUACCUAUCAAUGACAGUCAACAAUGUCCAGAUCAUUGAUGGGAAACCCACUGAGGUUAACUUUACACUACGGCCUUUUGUCAAUGAGGCUGAAGGCAGAACCCCCACAACUACAACAUCGGCUCCAUCCACCAGUCACCUCGUCAUUCCUGCUACAAAGGCCUCCAAUAUCACCCAGACUCCCGCUGUUGCCAGCACCCCUCCGUUCUUUCCACCUGGUCAUGAGCCCAUCCAUCCUAAGUAUUUCCGUCACCACAACUAUGCAGACAUGGAGCUCUUCUUACGCAAAUACAACAGCGAGUUUUCCCCCAUCACCCACCUUUACUCCAUUGGCCGCUCCGUCCAAGACCGAGAGCUGUACGUGAUGGUCAUCUCUGACAACCCGACAGUUCAUGAGCAUGGGGAACCAGAGUUCAAGUAUGUGGGCAACAUGCAUGGAAAUGAGGUGGUGGGAAGAGAGCUGCUGCUCAAUCUCAUCGAAUAUCUGUGUCAUAACUAUGGUACCGACCCUGAGGUCACUCAGCUGGUGAACAACACUCGGAUUCACAUCAUGCCCUCCAUGAACCCUGAUGGCUAUGAGGUCGCUGUGGAAGGUGACAGGACGGGCUACAGAGGCCGCAACAACAGCAACGAUUAUGAUCUGAACCGUAACUUUCCAGACCAGUUCGUCACCAUCACAGAACCCAGGCAGCCAGAGACCAUAGCUGUCAUGAACUGGUUGAAGAGCAUCCCCUUUGUUUUGUCUGCAAACCUCCACGGAGGCUCCCUGGUGGUCAACUACCCCUUUGAUGAUGACAAAGAUGGUCUGAGUCAUUAUAGCAAGUCACCCGAUGACGCUGUUUUCAGGCAGGUGGCCAAAGCAUACUCACAGGAGAAUGCUCUAAUGCACAAAGGACAUCCCUGUGAGGACCUGUACCCUGAGGAACAUUUUGAGGAUGGCAUCGUUAAUGGGGCCAGGUGGUACUCUGUUUCUGGAGGAAUGCAGGACUGGAAUUACAUCAACACAAACUGCUUUGAGGUGACCAUCGAGCUGGGCUGCUUCAAGUACCCUCUGGCUAAGGAGCUGCCAAAAUACUGGGAGCAAAACUGGAGAGCUUUGAUACAGUUCAUACACCAGGUUCACACCGGAAUAAAAGGCACAGUUUCCGAUGACAGAGAUAAGAUGGGAAUUCCCAAUGCCACCAUCAGCGUGGAAGGAAUAGACCACAACGUCACAACAGCUCAUACUGGAGACUACUGGAGACUGUUGGUCCCUGGGACUUAUGCUGUCACCGCUUCUGCUGAUGGGUAUAAACCCGUGACCAUCUACGCUACAGUCUCAAAGGAUCGACCAGAGCUGGUGGACUUCAGACUUAACCGUUUAUACUCGGAGAGUAACAACCACGCAGCCACCACUCCCCAGCUGGUCCAGAGCCCAUCUGACAGGGAGCUCAACAGCCUGAUAAAGGAGCUUUCUGAGGACCAUGGCCUGGAGCAGCUGGUCAAGAGCUCAGCCACAGUGAAUAGCUUCCACUACCGACGUCCCAAAAACCUGGAGGAUUCCUUGAGAGGCCUCCAACUUAACUUUCCCCAUAUUACACAUUUACAGAUGCUUGGCCGUAGUGUAGAUUUCAGAAACAUUUUGGCUCUGAAAAUCUCCAAUAAUCCGAAAGAGGCCGAGCCGUCCAAACCAAAGAUCCGCUUUGUGGCAGGGAUCCACGGCAACGCUCCUGUGGGAACAGAGCUGCUCAUGGAGUUUGCUACCUGCCUCUGCAUCAACUACGGCAAGAACCCCGCCAUCACCAAGCUCAUCAACGAGACCAACAUUUUCAUUGUGCCCUCCAUCAACCCCGACGGACGUGAAGAGGCCACUGAGAACGACUGCUCAUCUGACCGGGGCCACAGCAAUUCUAAGCACAAAGAUCUUGACACAACUUUUUUUGGCAACUCAUCGCAGCAAUUGUCUGAGCCACAGCCUGAAACCGUAGCGAUGAUGAAUUUCAUUCAAAGCAAUGACUUCAGUCUGUCUGUCGCCUUGGAUGGAGGCGCUCUGGUUGUCACCUACCCUUAUAACAAACCUGUUCAAACCGUGAAUAAUGAGGCCAAUUUGAAGUACUUGGCAAUGGUGUAUGCUAAGAAUCAUCCACGGAUGCAUCCCGGAGAUACUUUGUGUUACAACAAUGGGCAAAUGGGAAACGUCCCUGAUGGAGUGAUGAAAGCAGCAGAGCUACAUAGUCACAUGGGGAGCAUGAUGGACUUCAGUAUGGACUUUGGACACUGCCCUGAAAUCACUGUGUAUACUGGCUGCUGUUUGUUCCCGGCUGCUAACCAGCUAAGCGCGCUCUGGGCGGAAAACAAGAAGGCUCUCUUCAGUAUGUUGGUGGAGGUCCAUAAAGGAGUCCGAGGAGUAGUGAAGGACAAAAGUGGGAAACCGAUUGUUGGAGCAACCAUUUUUCUGGACACAACACCAAAGGUCUCCACUUCUGAGGGCGGCUACUUCCACAUCCUGGUCAAACCGGGCAGCUUUGGUAUUGACAUCAUAGCUGAAGGCUAUCAAAGUCAACAUAAAGUGGUAACAGUGAAACCUCAGGAAGCUGCUCCAACCAUCUUCAUAGUAUUGGAACUAGAUAAAAGCAUAUUUGGACUGCAAAGGGAGUUUGUUGUUGCCUGUGCAGCUGCCUCCAUGACAGCGCUGGUGUUGACAGCCUGCAUCAUUUGGUGCGUGUGCUCAGUAAAGUCGGACCAUCAGAAAGAUGGAUUCCACCGGCUGCGGCAGCACCGUGACGACUAUGACGACGAGGUCCAUCUUAACUCCAUGGGUUCCAAGAAAUCCCUGCUUGCCCACGAGUUUCAGGAUGAAAGCGAAAGUGAUGAAGAGACACUUUAUGCUAACAAAAUCUGAUCAAUCUUGCGUUAAAGUAUUUUUUCGCUUUUAUUUUAAAUCCCUCCAGAGUCAAAUUCUUGACGUCCAAGGAGCUGAAUGAACUCUUGACAUUGCAGCUUCAUCUUUUCUUCUGUGAAUGAGUGCUGUAAACAUUUUCUCUGUUACAUCAUUAAGGUCUAAGCGCUCUGGUAUCCUGCUGGACACAUGCUCAUCUUCAUGAAUGAUUGAGGGAGAGAGCUGGAGGUAGAGGGGUGAAUGAAGAAGUUCUUGUUUCCUGUCCUUGAUUUCUAAAGUUCUGGGCCAUUCCAGGAUGCCUAUCCCGUCCUGCCCAGUUUACAGUUCAAGCCGCCAAGUCCAAACAAACUCUUAUCAAAUGAAUCUAGUUGGAAGUGCUUUAUCACCCCAUGUUUACCUUUAGAAAUGUCUCUUUUCUGAGCAUUAAUGUAAAAAUGCCUCAAAGUAGGAAAUCAAAUUAUAUAUUUUUUAUGUGGUCCAAUGUGGCGCGGUGGCACUGAACUUUCUGAACCUUUGGGACAUUUACAAAUCUGUGCCUUGGCUUCUCCAGAUUUUCCAGUCCAACUAGGCUGUAAUAGAUGAGAACAUAAAUUUAUGAUGGGAAUCGAGCUAUCAUUAGUCAGCUGAUCAGGUCAGAUGAAAAAUUUUGUUCAUAAGUUGUGCAAGAUUAAGAUGAUUUACCAGAGUUUUUUCAUUUUGUGUUUUUUCAAAGCCAAGCUUAAAUAAAACCUGGACUGGAAAAUGCA